UGGGAGGCUGGGAGAGGACCCAGAAGUGGAAGAAUUCGCGGAAGUGUGGGCUCUGAGGUCCCGGUGGCUUCACGAAAAAGAAAUCAGGAAAUAUUUUGGAAGAUCAGGAUUAAUUAAAUCUGGAAAGCCAACAGGUCCUGGCACAAUGAGGAAGGCACGUCAUGUGAAGGAAAAGAGGUUUCAGGACUUCGGUAUCAUCAUUCAUAGGGACACCAUUACUACAGACUACGAUUUCUAAUGAGAAAUUAGUACAAUUCAAGAAGAGACUACGGACACAGCUUCCUAGUUACUGGCCAUAUGCCAAUAAAAGAAGAAAAUGAUCAAGGCCCAGGAAUCAUUGACCCUGGAAGAUGUUGCUCUGGAGUUCACCUGGGAGGAGUGGCAGCUCCUGGGCCCCACUCAGAAGGACCUGUACCGGGACGUAAUGUUGGAGAACUACAGUAACCUGGUGUCAGUGGGAUAUCAAGCCAGCAAGUCAGAUCCAUUCUCCAAGUUGGAACGAGGAGAACUAUGGACAGUAACAGAUGAAAUCCACAAUCAAAUCUAUCCAGAAAUCAAGAAAGUUGACAAUCAUCUACAGGUACACUCACAGAACCAAAGAUAUCUGAAUAGAGUGGAGCAUAAUAAUGCAUUUGGAAACAUCCUUCAACAGAAAAAAAGUAAUAUUCCUUUAAAGCAAAAUCAUGACACAUUUGACUUACAUGAGAAAAUUUUAAAAUCAAAUUUAAGUUUAAUCAACCUGAACAGAAACUGUGAAAUCAAGAAUUCUAUUGAGCUUAAUGGAGAUGAGCAAUCCUUUCUCCAUGACAAGCAUGAGCAAUUUCAUAAUGAAAUGAAAUUGCCUCAAUGUGGAAAUUUUAUGAAUAUAAAUUCACAACUCAUUAAGCAUCAGAGAACUGAAAAGAUAGAUAAACCUCAUAUAUGCAAUGAAUGUGGGAAGGCCUUCCUCAAAAAGUCUCGCCUCAUUGAUCAUCAGAGAGUUCAUACAGGAGAGAAACCUCAUGGAUGCAGUAAAUGUGGGAAAGCUUUCUCCAGAAAGUCCAGACUCACUGAACACCAAAAAACUCAUACACGAGAGAAACGGUAUGAAUGCACUGAAUGUGACAAAGCAUUCCGUUGGAAAUCACAGCUCAUUGCACAUCAGAAAAUUCACACUGGAGAGAAACCCUAUGUAUGCAAUGAUUGUGGAAAAGGUUUUAUUAAAAAGUCUCGGCUAAUUAAUCAUCAGAGAGUUCAUACAGGAGAGAAACCUCAUGAAUGCAGUCUGUGUGAGAAAGCAUUCUCUAGAAAGUCCAGGCUUAUUGAACAUCAGAGAACCCAUACAGGAGAGAAACCCUAUGAAUGCACUGAAUGUGACAAGGCAUUCCGUUGGAAAUCACAACUUAAUGCACAUCAGAAAACUCAUACAGGGGAGAAAUCAUAUAUAUGCAGUGAUUGUGGGAAAGGCUUCAUUCAGAAGGGCAAUCUCAUUGUACAUCAGCGAACUCAUACUGGAGAGAAACCUUAUGUUUGCAAUGAAUGUGGAAAAGGCUUCAUCCAAAAAGGCAAUCUCCUUAUACAUCAGCGUACUCAUACUGGAGAGAAACCCUAUGUAUGCAAUGAUUGUGGGAAAGGUUUCAGUCAGAAGACAUGCUUAAUAUCUCAUCAGAGAUUUCACACAGGAAAGACUCCCUUUGUAUGUAGUGAGUGUGGAAAAUCCUGCUCACAUAAGUCUGGUCUCAUUAACCAUCAGAGAAUUCAUACAGGAGAGAAACCCUAUACAUGCAGUGACUGUGGGAAAGCUUUCAGAGAUAAGUCAUGUCUUAAUAGACAUCGGAGAACUCAUACAGGAGAGAGACCCUAUGGAUGCUCUGACUGUGGGAAAGCUUUCUCACACUUGUCAUGCCUUGUUUAUCAUAAAGGAAUGCUGCAUGCAAGAGAGAAAUGUGUAGCUUCAGUCAAGUUGGAAGUCUCAGAGAGGCACAGCUCAUCACGUACAAGUGAUCUUAUUCAGGAUAAAAACCCUGCUAACAUGGUGACUGUGCAGAUGCCUUCUGUGACUGCUCAGACUUCAUUAAAUAACAGUGAGUUCCAGACCAAUAGCAGUGUAGCCAUUGUGGGACAGCCAGUUGCUAGAUAUUCGCCCCCAGCAAACAACAGAAUUUGCACAGAGGAGAAACCUCAUGAAUGCAUUGAAUGUGGUAGUGCUUUUGGUGAUCAAUUACAUCAUAAUUUAUGUCACAAAAAACACACAGGAAAAAAUUUUGGCACUUUCAAGGUGGAAAACUCUUUAGUAUAACCUAGCUCAUUAUGACUAUGUGGCUAAUAAGCAUAUAAAAUGAGAACAAAAUAGUGUGAAUGGAGAAACUAGAAAAGUCUUUUAUAGGAAGAUAGACCCUAUCCAUCUGGAAUCUGUCUUCAGUGAUUAUAUAUCACACAUCAUCAGUGACCUCAUAGUUGGUAGAAAUAAAAUUAUGGAAAGGAAAAGUCUUUGCUGAGACAUAAGACCUCAGUAGAUGUUAGAAAGUUGAUGCAAGAGACAAACUGUUAGAAGACUUUUGUAGGCCAUGAAUGUGUCAGGGUUGUCAGUAGUACAUUGUGCCUCAUCAAGUGUGAGAGGAAAUCAUAUGGAAAUAAAACUAUGAAACACUAACAUCUUCAAAAUAAGAGAGCACAUGAAACAAACCCUAUGAAGAUGAAUAUUUCAAAGAUUUAUGCAUAAGUCUAACAUCAUUAUACAGCAAGUAAUAUUUUAUUGUAGGACAAUAUACCUUGAAUCAAACUCCUAGUUGGUAUGUAAUUGACUCCUUAGUUAAAAGGAGAUUGUCAACUGGGUGUGGCUGCUCAUGC